CGAAAGAUUCUUCCACUGAGAUUUCUUCUCUCCCACGAUUUGUUCGGUACGCUUCUCUGCUUCGCCCUGCCAAAUUCAAAAACCUUUUUUAAUUGUGCUUUUUUUUUCCGGGAGCAAAUCGAGUGAAAGAAGGCUGAGGAACAGAUCUCGAAACGCCGGAAAAUUUUGAGAAAUCAGUUUGAAUUCUACUUUCUUUUCAUUGUAGGAGUAUAGAAUUGCUCAGAAAUGUAUCCGUGAAAAUAAAAAUCUGAUCUUCUUGCACUUUCUUAAUGCCCGGCGAAGGUUUCCGUCAAUUCAUGUUUGCCGCCGGGCGGUCAGUGUUGGGAUUGUAGCAGUCGGGAAGCAUAAAAGGAGCUAACCCAUGGAAAGAAAUCUGUCUUCUCUGUUCAACGCGAAGGUUGUUGAUCAUGAGAAUGGUGUUCGCGUCUACGAACCAUCAGGCAGUGCCAGUGUUACUCCCAUGUCUCAGGGAGUGACUGGUUGGAGUUCCAGUGUCACUCGUCAAUUCCAUGCAGUGGCAGGCGGCGGCGGCGUCCUUUCUCCCGGCAAUAGCUCCGGGGAGUCCUUCAAGAGAAAGCGUGGCCGUCCAAGGAAGUAUGGUACCGAUGGCACGCCAGUACUCGGCGUGCCACCGCUAUCUACAAGUCCGGCGGCUCCUCCUCCGAGCACCGGAAUGUUCUCUCCGGCUACUCAUGUAGCUGCAACAGUUGCUGCAGAGGGUGCCAAAAGGGCUAGAGGUCGUCCACGAGGUUCAACCAACAAGCGACACAUAAAAGCUCUUGGAUGUAUCAGCAAAGAUCAUGGAAUUCUCGCAGCAAAGCAGACGUGCGAUUUGCGUCCUGUCUGCAAAUGGUGCAAUUGCAAAUGCCUCUCUCUGUCAGGCUGAUACACACGGUAGCACCUUAACUUACGAGG